UGUGUUUCCUCCUCCAUCCUUCCCAGUAGAAUGCGAUCCUCCGCUGGGAGCUCUGGUCCAGCUGCUGCUUCCGAGCUGUGAACUUACAUCUCCAACCAGGGUCGGUGCUCAGAGCGACUCACACGCCGUGGCGCCAUGGGCUGCGGGCUGCGCAAGAUGAAGCCGACGUCGGAGGAGAACAGUCCGGGGAAGAUCUACUCCACCCUGAAGAGGCCGCAGGUGGAGACCAAGGUGGGCGUGGCCUACACCUACCGCUACCUGGACUUCCUCAUCGGCAAAGACGGCGGGACGUCCACUCUGCACCUCUCGUCCGUGCGGGAGCUGCCAUGUCAGCUGCAGGAGCUCUACCAGCAGGGCUUCGUCCUGGCAGCCGUUCACCCGUUCGUCCAUCCCUGUGGACCGGAGUCCAACAGCCCCCCCCACCAGCUCUACCGGGCCAUACUGGUCCGACUCAACGACGGGGCGGAGAGGAGCCAGCCGGCGUGCCCACCGUACAAGCUGCAGCUGGAGGAGUGUCUGACUGCCGGGCAGGUGCCCACCCCCGAGCUCAUCCAGGGCUACGUCAAGAAGCAGAUCCAGGAUGCCGCUGACCAGGGGGUGAAGUUCAUCGGAUUCGUCCAGGAGCCGUACGGGGCCCCAUGCACCUCCAUCAGAGAACCAGACACCCCCUCCCUCUCGCUGCACUCCAGCCCCAGCUCGCUGCUCGGCUCCCUGGGCAGCCGCAGCCCCUCCGACCCCUCCGACCCCUCCGACCCCUCCAACCCCUCCAGUCCCACAAACCACGCGGAACCCGGAGCUGAGGCCAAAGCGGCCGCGGAUAAAGAGGGAGGCGGUGGGGAACCCUCGUGCGCGGCCCUGGAGGGAGCGCCGGGCGGGGCGGAGAAGAAUCACAGCCAGAACACUGGGAACCACUCGGGGAGCCGGGUGGGGGGGGAGGUGUCAGAGCUGGACGUGGAGCUGACGGAGGAGAACUCGCCGUGUCACAAUAACAACAAAGACGCCGGCACGGAGACAAAGGAGCGGCCGAGGUACCGGCAGCGGAGGGGCGACGGGGCGGAGCUACUGGCUCUGUACAACCACCCCCCCGUGCGAGAGGGCCAGGUGAAGUACUACACCGUCAAGGUGCCGCUCCGCGUCCAGAACUGUGACGAGGGCGUGAAGGGCGUGGAGGCCAACUGGCUCGACCACAUGACUCAGCACUUCAACAACGGAGCCUCGCUGGUGGAUGGAUACUUCCACCUGGGCAACGUGAACAAUCUGCUGCCGAAGUCGGUGGAGAGCGUGUUCAUCUUCCAGGAGGCGAGCGAGGGCGAGCAGAACGCCGCGGCUCAGACGUACGACGCCAUCGUGGUGGAGCAGUGGACCGUCAUCGAUGGUCUGCAGGUGAAGGCUGAUUAUGUUCCCCUGCUGCAGUCGCUCGCUACGUACGGAUGGAGACUCACGUGUGUGCUGCCAACUCCUGUAAUCAAGACCAACAGUGAUGGAAGUCUGUCCACCAAACAGAUCGUGUUCCUGCAGAGACCCGUGUUGGGACGGAAGAGGAGAGAAUCCAAGAAACUGAUCUUCAAGCCCCGAAGCAAGUCCAACAAGAACUGCAUCAAAGACACGGCGAAGAACAAGAAGAAAACAAAAAGCGAGAAAGAUGCAGAGGAUCCUAAGAUUAUUGACGACGGAGAGAAGGCUGAGAGAGAGGAGGAGGAGAAGAGCAUGGAGGAAGGGGAGGAAGGGGAGGAAGGGGAGGAAGGGGAGGACACGACGUACGGAGAUGAGGUGAGAGAAAGUGGGACACUGGAAGAAAGGGAAUCGAGGUGUGAAGAAGACGGACAGAUUGAUGACGGGAUCGAGAUCAACGUAGAGACUGUAGAAAAGAAAGAUGGAGGAACGGAGACGAAAGACAAAGGAGCAGGAAACGGCUCCGAAGAAGGAGAAGAAGAGAAAAUAACAUUGAAUGGAGAAGGAUCAGAAGAGGAUGGAGAGCCUUUAGAAAAGAGAGACGUGCGGGAAGUGGCAGAAACUGUCGCGACUGUGGAAACAGAGAACGAGACCAAAGAACCCGAGGACACGGGCGCAGCCGAGGUCGAAGCCGUGAUGGAAAACGGCGUGGAGGCGGAGGAGGAGGGGCGAGGCGAGGGCGAGGGGGGGGGCGAGGGCAAGGCCAUCAAACGCAACAAGGCGGAGGAACAGGCCGGGGUGGAGGUCAGCGGCAAGGAGGUCGUGGCAGAUUCGCUGACCAAUCAGAGCCCGGAGGAAACUCAAGAGUAG